UGGAGCGUUGGGUCGCAUAUGAGCGGAGAAAACACUCUGAUAUUUCCUGCAUACAACCCUAACCUCUUCCUUCUGUUCCUCGGUAAUAUCUGCUCCGUCAAGGGAGGGUAUGGAAUCCUCUUUUGAUUCAUCUGCCAUAAGGCAAUCAAGACAAGGUUUAAUGCACCCUACUUUGGUGCCUUUGGGGAUCCUAAUGGUGAUCUCACUACAAUUAAAUACUGGGAUAGCGGAACAUUCCCGCAUUAGACACUCGACUGUCGACACUUCAAGGUUCUCGUUGACAACACAAGGAGAAAUGAUUGCUGGUCCUCGUUGUCGUAGCAACAUGAGCAUACGAACGCGUCACCACCUGGGGGCACUAUCUCCCCCGGUCGGUGUUGGGUCGCAUUUGGAGGUGCAUUUCCGGAGCGCAUUGAUCCUAGUGCGGAGUCGUCACCUGAGUCGUGGUCUGACUCACCCCUACCUCGCGGAUCUGCUCGGGCCACCGGACGCAUCGGUCUGGGUUCUCCAUUUUCGUCGCGCCGACAUUCGAUCCCGGCUGUCUGGGUGUCAUAUUGCUGAUCGUCGCACCUGACGUUGGAGACUACCGUCUGGGUGUCCAUAACGGACGUUGAUUUCUGCACUCGAUCGCGGCUUCGGAUUUCCGAUCGUCGCGACGGUGUCCGUGCCUGAUCGCGUCUGGAGACUCACCGUGGGAUUGUCUGCCUUCGAUCUGCUCUGUUCUUUCACCUCAGGAGCGUUGACCGGGCCCACGUGGAGGUCAUUACCGCCACUCGGUACAGCGGCUUGCCGAGCCUCCCUCUCUACGUUGGCUAACUUGAGU